AUGGGAGUCGGACUCUUAGUAUCCAUCAAUCCAGAGGCGAUCUCAAAGCCAAACCCCACCGGUCUGACCCUAGACCAGGUGGCUUACUUUGGUCAGACGCUCAUUCAAAUAACCCCAGAGAACUUCGACUCGAACCUCUCAUUUCUACGUCAGAACUUUUCAAAGUUAUCUAUACUCUUCGACGUCCGAAAGCUCAAAAGCUGGGAUAGUGUCGUGGACGUCCUCAACAAUGGAGCAUCUAAGAUCUUCGUCACUUUUGAGCAGUUAAAAGCACUGUCUCAAGAGCAAACCAUAUCACCCGACCGCUUGGUCCUCACGAUUAGUCUCGACAACCCGAAAACAGACCUUACCAAGUUAAAGGCUUUCUUGGAGGCCAAUCCGAAAUGGAAGACAUCAGAAUGGGCCGUUGAUGGAGACAAGGGAAACGAAUAUGUCGAUGCUGUUCUGAAAGAGCUAGGGAACUAUCCACCUAGCUCAGAUCAAACAAUUUUCGUCACCGUGACCAGAGAGACGGACGGCAGACACCUACUCCACGAAUAUCCCGGAAAUGCACUCAUAAUCUCCUCCAAGUCCUUGACUUUCGACUCAACUAAGGAAGGAAAUGAAAAGCUGAUUCCAGCAGUCGACUUAGUCCUUGCUGGUGCGACUCCUGACAGGAAGACUGGGCUAUAUGCAACAACUGUGGUUGACGAACGUGAUGUGGCUCUUGGGCUCGUCUGGAGCAGCAAAGAGAGCGUCGCUGAAGCAUUAAAGACCGGUGCUGGUGUCUAUCAGAGCCGUAAAAGAGGUCUGUGGCACAAGGGUGCUUCGAGUGGGGAUACUCAAGAGCUCAUCAGCAUGGGUUUCGAUUGCGAUAAAGAUUGCCUGAUUUUCAAGGUCCAUCAAAAAGGCCGAGGCUUCUGCCAUUUAGGAACUAUGUCAUGCUGGGGUAAGGUAUCAGGCCUAUCAAGACUGCAACGCACUCUUCAGGAGCGAAAGGUUGACGCCCCUGCGGGAUCAUAUACCAAUCGACUAUUCAAUGACCCCAAACUCGUAAAUGCCAAGAUCAAGGAGGAAGCCGAUGAGCUUUGCGAAGCUUCAACGAAGGAAGAGAUCGCCUCCGAGGCGGCAGAUUUACUGUACUUUGCACUUGCAAGGUGUAUAGCUGCGGAUGUUACACUCGAAGACAUUGAAAGAAAUCUGGACCUCAAGAGCCUCAAAGUCAAGCGGAGGAAGGGUGAUGCGAAACCACAAUAUGUUGACGAGGAAGUUACCAAUGGAGCAAAAAAUCAGCCCGAGGAGAAGAUCACGAACGGUCAUCAAGAUGAAGAAGUCAAGGAAGCCGCCUCGAUACCAAAAGCACCCUCAGAUCCGGCGGGCACAGCAUCUGGAAGGAUACAAAUGAAACGCUAUUCCACAUCACAAGCCUUCUCAGACGAUGUCCUGAGAUCUGCUCUGCAGCGGCCCUCACAAAAGUCGAACGAAAAAAUCAUGGCGCUGGUCCAACCGAUCAUUGCAGAUGUUCGCGAAAAAGGCGACUCUGCUGUGUUGAAGUACACGCACAAGUUCGAAAAGGCCACGAGCCUCAAAUCGCCUGUCUUGAAAGCCCCCUUUCCCGAAUCUCUUAUGCAACUGCCUGAAGAGACGAUCAAAGCGAUCAACACGUCCUAUCAUAACAUCCUCAAAUUCCACUCCGCACAGAAACCCUCUGCCCCACUUGUGGUGGACACAAUGCCAGGUGUGACCUGUUCACGAUUCUCGAGACCAAUCGAAAAGGUUGGCCUCUACAUCCCUGGCGGCACAGCCGUCCUACCCUCGACAGCUCUCAUGCUCGGAGUUCCCGCCAUGGCAGCCGGAUGCAAAAACAUUGUGAUGGCCUCUCCCCCACGGGCCGACGGCACAAUCACCCCCGAGAUCGUCUACAUUGCACACAAAGUGGGUGCCGAAGCCAUCGUCCUCGCAGGCGGCGCACAGGCCGUCGCCGCCAUGGCAUAUGGCACCGAGUCGAUCACGAAGGUCGACAAGAUCCUCGGUCCAGGCAACCAAUUUGUGACGGCCGCCAAAAUGAUCGUUUCCAAUGACACCUCCGCGGCCGUUUCAAUCGACAUGCCCGCAGGUCCAUCCGAAGUGCUGGUCGUCGCAGACAAAACUGCCGACCCGGCCUUCGUGGCCAGCGAUCUCCUCUCGCAAGCCGAACACGGCACCGACAGCCAAGUCGUGCUCAUCGCCGUGGACCUCACGGAAGGGCAACUCCAAGCCAUCGAAGACGAAGUGCACAAACAAGCGCACGAACUCCCACGCGUCGACAUCGUGCGCGGCGCCAUCGAACACAGCAUCACCAUCUCCGUGCCGGACAUGGCCUCGGCGCUCAAAUGGUCCAACCACUACGCACCGGAACACUUGAUCCUGCAGACGGCCAACCCGCACGCCGCCUUCCCGGACAUCCAGAACGCGGGGUCCGUGUUCAUCGGGCAGUGGACGCCCGAGAGCGUGGGGGACUACAGCGCGGGCGUCAACCACAGCCUGCCGACGUACGGCUACGCGCGACAGUACAGCGGGGUCAACCUGGGCAGUUUCAUGAAGAACAUCACCAGCUCCGAGGUGACGGAGCAGGGCGUCGGCGAGGUCGGGUUCGCCGUCAUGGAGCUGGCGCGCGUCGAGGGCCUGGAUGCCCAUCGUCGCGCCAUGGAGUUGCGCAUGGAGCGUUUGGGCCUGGUGCCGAAGCGCGCUGUGCCUGUGGUGGAGGACCAGGGCGUCGUUGUUCCGCAGCCUGAUGGGCUCGAGAAGGACGUGCCUGUGCCUGAGGCUGAGGCACAGGCACAGGUGGCGGGUUCGGAUGUGGUGGCCGCAUCGAAUGUAGAGGUUGGAGAGCCGCAGAGCACCGAGGUGCUGGAGAAGGGGACGGUCGAUGCUUUGGCUGCAAACCCUUGA